AGCCGAGGCGCUGGCAGCCCAGGCAGUCUGCCCUGGGAGUUGCUGCCAGUAUGGAUGACAUCUACAAGGCCGCGGUUGAGCAGCUGACGGAAGAGCAGAAAAAUGAGUUCAAGGCGGCCUUUGACAUCUUCGUGCUGGGGGCGGAGGACGGCUGCAUCAGCACCAAGGAGCUGGGCAAGGUGAUGAGGAUGCUGGGCCAGAACCCCACGCCCGAGGAGCUGCAGGAGAUGAUCGACGAGGUGGACGAGGACGGCAGCGGCACGGUGGACUUCGAUGAGUUCCUGGUCAUGAUGGUCCGCUGCAUGAAGGAUGACAGCAAAGGGAAGUCCGAAGAGGAGCUCUCCGACCUCUUCCGAAUGUUUGACAAGAACUCGGACGGCUACAUCGACCUGGAGGAGCUGAAGCUGAUGCUGCAGGCCACGGGCGAGACCAUCACGGAGGACGACAUCGAGGAGCUCAUGAAGGACGGCGACAAGAACAACGACGGCCGCAUCGACUAUGACGAGUUCUUGGAGUUCAUGAAGGGAGUGGAGUAGGAGCUGACCCUGGACAGAGCCACCUGCCUGUGCCCACGCCGGCCUCAGUGGGGCCCUGGGAGAGGGCAGGGCCAGCCUCCCAGGGCCUGCACGGAACCUGGCCAUGUCCUCCACCCCGGCCCCGGCCCUGGCCCACCCAGGGCUGCAGAAAUAAAGCUUUGCUCCUGGA